AUGCCGAGUGGAACUGAAAGGCACGAUCUUAAAGUGGACAAUGAUCGACAUGGAGUGCAAGAAUAUUAUUACUCUGACACUGACUUGCAGGAAAAUCCUGAUUCCUUGUCUGAAAUGCCAGUGUGUUUAGAUGGUGAUAAUGCAGAUAUGAGUAAUGAGACAGGAACCUGUAUAUUUGAGAAUCAAGGUACAGAUGAGACUAUGGAGGAGAAUGAAUUAAAUCUGAAUGAGCCAGUUGAAGCUGAAUGCCGGGAUGAGGAUGACUUGAGUGAGGCUGACAGACUGAACAAUGCAACAACUGAGGGUACCAGUAAUACUGACCCACAUGAUACAACAUCAUUCUUGAGUUCUGUUGUUGCUGCUAUACUACUAUUUGCAUUUCAGUGGCAAAAAUUGUAUGGCAUUUCUGACCAAGGUAUACAAGCUCUAAUACAGUUCCAGAAGUUUUUCUUGAGAACAGUUGGUACAUAUAUAAAAAUAAAUUUUCCGCUAAAUGUUGCCAAAUCCUUGCCAGGAACACUAUACUCCAUGAGAAAAUACAUUGGGUUGCAGAGAGAUCAGUUCAUACAAUACGUUGCAUGUCCAGACUGUCACACACUUUAUCAUUUCAAUGAUUGUUUCAAGGAGCGUAACAAUGGUAACAAAACUAUAUUGAAAUGCAACCACAUCAUAUUUCCGAGACAUCCUCAUGCACGAAAAAGAAAGCCAUGUGGAACAGCUUUACUUAAAAAAGUUUGCGGAAAAGAUGGAAAAGAAUAUGUCUACCCUAAAAAGGUGUAUUGUUACAAGAACAUUAUAGACUCUUUGCAAUGUUUUGUUAAACGUACACAAUUCAUUGAAAAGUGUAACGUGUGGAAGCAAAGACAAAGUGGACAUGAUAUCCUGGAAGACAUUUAUGAUGGCAAGGUAUGGAAAGACUUUGAAAAACAGGGUUUCUUCAAGACCAAACAUGACUUCGGUGUAACCCUAAACAUUGACUGGUUUCAACCAUAUAAACAUACUCCGCAUUCAGUUGGUGCCCUGUAUCUGGUUAUCAACAACCUACCCCAUGAUGAACGUAAUAAGCCAGAGAAUGUUAUCCUGGUUUCCAUAUUAUCGUUCUUCUGGUGA